AUGGGCGAAACGGGGGAACCACCGUCCCCAUCGGCCGCCAAUUCCCAAUACAUCACCUUCAAUUAUGUAUCUCUCCGUACGAUCUCUGCUGAUGAUUCGGUGAUCUUGCACGUAUCGCCGAAAUUUGCCACUGUCCACGAUCACGUGUCGUUCGUGUGGAGCUUGAAGAUACAUGGAACUACCGGAGGGUUGUGUUCGGAAGACGAGCUCGAUUCGGAGUAUUCGGCCGAUAACGUGCCGGAUCCGGCAAAUUAUGUAGCCGUCGAGUUGUACUACGUUGACGGGCCCGUCAGUCAGAUUUGUAUCCAGUCCGGAUUUCAAAUUGCGUUCCGUGAUGGCAGAGACGGGAAUUCUGUAGAAGAAAGCAAAGUCGUGCAUGUGACGCGCGGCUGUUCACAAGAGAUGACCGACUCGGAUCGCCUCCAUAUUUCCGAAUUCCUACAAGAAAACGUUGGAAACUCCCUAAAAGUUUCCCUUACGCUCCAGAUGGACGCUAAACUUUUUGACCCGUUUUAUUACCUCGACGCGAUGACGCCGACACCACAGAAAUCUUUCCUAACCACAAACUACAAGGCGCGCGUGAACAGCAAGAUUUGGAGGAAGCGCCAGAAACGUGAUGAAAAGGCGCCUCGAAUCCGUAUCCCGCGCCACGAAAAGAUUGACUACGAAGAGCGAUUCCGGCGAGUGAUGGAAGAAAAUGACGCCGAGCACCAGAUGACGCUCACCAGGGAUCCAGAGAAGGCUGACCAUCGCAAAUCGAUCAUCAGCCUGCGUCGCUCGUCAAACGCCACCAACCCGGAUCAGUCGUGGGGACAUGAGCCCGAGCACGAGCACAUCUUCAAGAAGCUCCUAAUCGCCUGCUGUGACUCAUGCCGUCAACGUCGUGAUUCGGCUGCCAUUUCCAACCCUGAGGCUACCGACCCGGAGCAGGACGACGCCGACGACGAAGAUGACGAACCGCCGGGAUUCGAGUGCAAAGAGCAGAACCAAGAGCACGUCCAUGAUCUGCUCGCCAAUAUGUAUUUCAACAAAAUAGUUCUCCCGCAUAUGGAAUUUGUUGAGGAUUUUGUUGAUUUUCUCAUUGAUGCCGAGCUGAACGAGUUGCCUGUGUUGAAGCGCGCCUGUGAGCGUUAUUUGUGCGGCGAGCUGAAUUUGAAAAAGGAGCUUGCCACGUCGCUAAUUCUGGAUCUCUUAUUCUUGUCGAUGGUUUUUAAUCUGCCCGUCAUGAAAUCGAUGACGUUAUCAGAACUGUCGUGUGAUGCUCGGGUGGAGGAACUGUCAAAUCCGGAGCGAAUGCUGCAACACGACGAGUUCAAAAAACUCGACCGCCGUAUGCGACUAAUGUCGGACCUGAACGUGGUGUCUCUCGUUGAGGAGUGUCGCGCAUUCCGCGAACAACGACUACGGGUCAUUGCUUUGCCCCUGCUCUCA